AGACAUAGCAGCAGAAGAUUGUAGGUUUAUUCAGCUGUAUCAAUUCCAAACUCAGGGCUCCGAAGUCAGUCAGAAGACCAUUGACCAACCUUUAUUGAAGUUUUGGGAUAAGAUCCUUAGCGUUAAGGAUAAAGACAAGCAGGAGGAUCCAAAGCAUAGCGUUAAGGAUCAAGACAAGCAGGAGGAUCUAAAGCAUAGUCCACAAUGGACGAGGGAUUUGGUAGAUUUAGGCAUCUCCCGUCAAAAUGUAACUCUACUACUCUGUGUGAUCAUUGCCUUGAUAUCCGUCGUGCAACUUUGGAAAGAAGCACCUGUACAAUGUCCUGGAGGAAAUUGUCUGCCGUCGGAUACAAGGUUCGCUGAAGAGUUGCAAUCUGGUCUGGAAUCCAAAAUACUACAGAUAAAAUCCGAAUCAGUUACCCUGAACAAUUUUGAUGACAAGGUGCAAGAAAUGAAAUCAGAAAUACAAACCUUAGCAUCGGAAUUACAUACUUUGAGCAACAAGUUUGAUGGAAGGUUGCAAGAAAUGAAAUCCGAAAUUCUACAGAUGAAAUCCGAAUUAUUGAAUGCUUUGAACAGCAAUUUUGAUAAACGGUUGCAAGAAAUGGAAUCCAAAGUACUAGGCAUUUUGAAAAGUGAAUUGUCAAACCAAACCACAAAUUUGACAAACGAUUUCAACGCGACAUUGAACAACUUAAAUGAAGAUAUGAAUAACACAUUAGCAGAUAUGUACAAUAAAUUGGACAAUAAAUUGGAAGCUUUCAACAGAAAGAUGAAUGAAAACACAGAAAGUACAUUAACUACAUGGAAGAAAACGGUUGAUGAGAAAUCAUCGGAGCUUAAUACAACGUGGGAGCGUGGGUUACUGUCUUUGAAAAAUGAAACAGAAAGGACAAUGAUUGAAUUGGACAAUAAAUUGGUGGCUUUUAGCAAAAAAACUAAUGAAAACGCAGAAAGUCUUAACAAUACAUUAACUACAUUGAAGAAAACAGUUGAUGAAAAAUCACUGGAGCAUAAUGCAACGUGGGAGCGUGGGCUACUAUCUUUGAAAAAUGAAACAGAAAGUAUGGCAUCAAAUCUAAGUACAGAAUUAGACAGGAAACAAGCAAUUUUUAAUGGCGAAUUAGAAGCUAGAGCUAGCAGAUGGGAAAGCAAACAGAACAGAGGGAUUCAUGUGAUGGGAAGAGUGUUGCAAUAUUGGCGAAGAAAAUUCGACCAGACGGUUGGAACUGCGGAGAGUAAACUUUUAAACACAGAGAGUAAACUUUUAAACACAGUUCAGAAUCUAGAGAGAAUCGUUACUGUAUUAAAUGAUUCUAUUAAACUUGCCGAUUCGGAAGGUCAAAAGGAACCCAUAGAGCAAGGAUACCUCGUCCUACUGUAUGAUGAGUAUCCUCUACAAACUAUAGUUACUGUAGUCGGUGCCUGCAUCGUCAUAGGCUGGCUGAUCUGUUCACAAUGCAACAAGAGAGGGUCGAGACGACUGCCGCUGACAGCUAGACGUCGGUUAGGGCAGGCCCCGGGGGCAUACGGCGAUACAGUGUCUGAUGACGAGGAAUGGCUGGAUGAAAAUCGCCAAGUUUGCAUCGUAGCGUCUCUGGACUGGACUCUGGAUGAGGUGGAACGUUGUGUGAAGGCAGCCGUGCAGGAGAGAGGUCUGGCCAACACUGCCGUCCUCACUCUGCGGAUCUCAGGCCAGGACGACAUAGACGGCCUCAAGCGGACACUCCAGAGGGACACGCGCGUCAUCUGCUGUGCCAACUCUACCACAAGGAACAUCCUACUGUCCGACACGGAACACGACGAGAUCAGCUAUGUAGUCAAGGCAGCGGAGAAGAUUGUAGGGGGAAGUGGAGUGAUGGUUCUGCUGUAUGGGCACGAGAAAAGCAGGGGCAUUCAACAACUGUAUGACAGCACGUCAUUCGACAGGACGUUCCUCAACAAGCAGACGCGGCUCCACAACAAGGCACUCGGCCAUCUGUUCUUUAGCGUGUCCAAAAGUUUGAACGACAUUCAAAAGCGCAGGAUUUGUGACUGGAUCCGUGGAAACCUGUAGCCUAAUUAGUGUACAUGUGUUGUCCAAAUGGAUGAGAAAUUCCUCUAGCAAAACAUUUUGCAUGUACGUAGAAAAGUAGUUUCAAAGGUCAGAGCCAGCUCUGGUCAUAUUGUUGUUAUUUUCCGAUAGGAGAUCUCAUGAUGCUUUGUUAUCGAAGAAAGAUUCAGUUGUCUUUUGUCAAAUGCACCUUUUGAUUUACACCGAAACUUUGUCACUUAUAGAUUUAUCAGUGUUUUAAUUUUAAGACGAAAUGACAUGAGCAAUGACAAGUUGUCUUUAUUCAAUGUAUAGUGUGGUAGUUAAUAAACAAUAGCUACAG